AUGCAUAAUGGCGUGUUAACACGGGCGAUUAUCGAGCUGGACCGCACCCAGCUUCCUGCCAAAGCUACCUUCCUGCUCAGCGACCUGGGAAAGCUUCAGGCGGGCUGGGACUGGCAACAGAAAGUGGAUGAACACAGAGACAGUCGGAAAGCUCUAGAACUGCUCACCCAAGUGACGGAAAGGGACGCCCUUGUCUUUUGCCUGUGUAUCAGCUCAGGGAAUACCAUCCCUCUGGUUUCUAGACUUGCUUUAUCUUUACUCUAUGGUCCCCAAGGGUCAUAUCACAGGAUCGGAGAAGUCCCAGCUCAGAAAGUCAAAGCUGACCUUAAAGGACAAUUGAAUGCCACUCUGAAGAUUCAGAUGGAGAAACAGGUGGGAGGAGGUGACCAGUUGCAGGUUUUGGAUGUUUUUCAUGUGACUUCUGAAUUGGAGCUCAUGGAUACUGGAACAAAGAGAUUUCUGAACCUUGAGGAGAGAAGGCUUGAUGAAGACAUCUAUUCAGAACUGAGUAUUACAAUCCUUCUCCACAUGAGACCAGUGUUCCGGGCACUGGCUCCUCAUCUCACUCAGGUCUAUGCCAAAGAUGUAAAAUUUGAUGUGGAUGCUGGAGCCUUAAUGCUUCAAGGUGUAGACCUUUUAGCCGAUGCUGUAGCUGUUACAAUGGGGCCAAAGGGAAGAGCAGCGAUUAUUGAACUGAGUUGGGGAAGUCCCAAAGUAACAAAAGAUGGGGUCACUGUCUCAAAGUCAAUUGAUUUAAAGGAUAAAUACAAAAAUAUCAGAGCUAAACCUGUUCAGGAUGUUGCCAGCAACACAAACGAAGAGACUGGGGAUGGCACUGCUACUGCCACUGUUCUGGCAUGCUCUAUUGCCAACGAGGGAUUUGAGAAGAUCAGCAAAGGGGCUAACCCAGUGGAAAAGAGAGGUGUGAUGUUGGCUGUUGAUGCUAUAAUUGAUGAACUUAAGAAACAAGCUAAACCUGUGACAACCCCUGAAGAAAUUGCUCAGGUUGCUGCAAUUUCUGCACAUGGAGACAAAGACACUGGGAACAUAAUUUCUGAUGCAAUGAAAAAGGUUGGAGGGAAGAGGGUCAUCACAGGGAAGGAUGGAAAAACCCUGAAUGAUGAGCUAGAAAUUAUUGAAGGCAUGAAGCUUAAUAAAGGAUGUAUUUCCUUGUAUUUUAUUAACACAUCAAAAGGUCAAAAGUGUGAAUUCCAAGAUGCCUAUGUCUUGUUGAGUGAAAAGAAAAUUUGUAGCGUUCAGUCCAUUGUGCCUGCUCUUGAAAUUGUUAAUGCUCAUCAGAAGCCCUUGGUUAUAAUCGCAGAAGAUGUUGAUGGAGAAACUCUAAGCACACUGGUUUUGAACAGGCCAAAAGUUGGUCCUCAGGUUGUAGCAGUCAAGGCUCCAGGGUUUGGGGACAAUAAUAAGAACCAGCUUAAAGAUACUGGUGGUGUGGUGUUUGAAGAAGAGGGGUUGAAUCUACAUCUUGAAGAAGUUCAAACUCAUGACUUAGGAAAAGUUGGAGAGGUCAUUGUCACCAAAGAUGAUGCCAUGCUUUUGAAAGGAAAAGGUGACAAAACUCACAUUGAAAAACGCAUUCAAGAAAUCGCUGAGCAGCUAGACAUCACAACUAGUGACUAUGAAAAGUAAAAGCUGAACGAACGACUUGCUAAACUUUCAGAUGGAAUAGCUGUGCUGAAGGUUGGAGGGACAAAUGAUGUUGAAGUGAAUGAGAAGAAAGACAGAGUUACAGAUGCUCUCAAUGUUACAAGAGCAGCUGUUGAAGAAGGCAUUGUUCUAGGAUGGAGUUGUGCUCUGCUUCGGUGCAUCCCAGCCUUGGAUUCACCAAAGCCUGCUAACAAAGAUCAGAAAAUAGGUAUAGGAAUUAUUAAAAGAGCACUUGAAAUUCCUCUGAUGACGAUUGCUAAGAAUGCAGGUGCUGAAGGAACUUUGAUAGUUGAGAAAAUUCUGCAGAUUUCCUCAGAAGUUGGUUAUGACGCCAUGCUUGGAGAUUUUGUGAACAUGGGAAAGGGAAUCAUUGAUCCACCAAAGGUUGUAAGAACUGACUUACUGGAUGCUGCUGGGAUGGCCUCCUUGCUAAAUAGGGCCGAAGCUGUAGUGACAGAAAUUCCUAAAGAAGAGAAGGACCCUGGAAUGGGUGCAAUGGGUGGGAUGGGAGGGGGGAUGGAAGGUUCUAACUCCUAG